AUAUUUAAUGACUCGUUCUCAUGAAUAGACUUGUUCUCAUUGUAGAAAUGACAUAAUGUGAUUUCUUAGGGAGGCGGGGGGACAUUUGAAUAUAUAGAGAGGCCCACAUUAUGAGUAAUUAAGGCUUCCAGCUAAAAGCUAGUGAGGAACUGAGGACUCAUGACAACAGCAAUGUGAGUGAAUUUGGAAGCAGAUCCUCCAGCCCUGGUCAAGCUUUCAGGUGACUGCCUUCCUGAUCAUCUUUACUGAACCUCAAGAGAGAACCUGACCCAGAACCACUCAGCUAAAGUGCUCCUGAAUUCCUGGCCCAGAGAAACUAGAACACGUCGCUUCACCGCACCAUGUGUGGCAUUUGGGCCCUCUUUGGCAGCGAUGACUGCCUUUCUGUUCAGUGCCUGAGUGCGAUGAAGAUUGCACACAGGGGUCCGGAUGCAUUUCGCUUUGAGAAUGUCAACGGAUAUACCAACUGCUGCUUUGGAUUUCACCGGUUGGCGGUGGUUGACCAGCUGUUUGGAAUGCAGCCAAUUCGAGUAAAGAAAUAUCCUUAUUUGUGGCUAUGUUACAAUGGAGAAAUCUACAACCACCGGAAGCUGCAACACCAUUUUGCAUUUGAAUAUCAAACCAAAGUGGAUGGUGAGAUAAUCCUUCAUCUUUAUAACAAAGGAGGAAUUGAGCAAACUGCUAGUCUGUUGGAUGGGGUAUUUGCGUUUAUUUUACUGGAUACAGCGAAUAAGAAGGUGUUCCUGGGCAGGGAUACCUAUGGAGUCAGACCAUUGUUUAGAGCCAUGACAGAAGAUGGAUUUUUGGCUGUGUGUUCAGAAGCUAAAGGUCUUGUUAACUUGAAGCACUCCACAGCUCCUUUUUUAAAAGUGGAGCCUUUUCUCCCAGGACAUUAUGAGGUUUUGGAUUUAAAGCCAAAUGGCAAAGUUGCAUCAGUGGAAAUGGUCAAAUAUCAUCACUGCAGAGAUGAGCCUCUACACGCCCUCUAUGACAGCGUCGAGAAGCUAUCCCCAGGUUUUGAGAUAGAAACCGUGAAGAGCAACCUUCGCAUCCUUUUUGACAAUGCCAUUAGGAAACGUUUGAUGACAGACAGAAGGAUUGGCUGUCUUCUAUCAGGGGGCUUGGAUUCCAGUUUGGUUGCUGCCACCCUGAUGAGGCAGCUAAAGGAAGCCCAAGUCCAGUACCCUUUCCAGACAUUCGCCAUUGGCAUGGAAGACAGUCCUGAUUUACUAGCUGCCAGAAAGGUGGCAAAUCAUAUUGGGAGUGAACACCAUGAAGUCCUCUUUAACUCUGAGGAAGGUAUUCAGGCCCUGGAUGAAGUCAUAUUUUCCUUGGAAACUUAUGACAUUACAACAGUUCGCGCUUCAGUGGGUAUGUACUUAAUUUCUAAGUACAUUCGGAAGAACACAGAUAGUGUAGUGAUCUUCUCUGGAGAAGGCUCAGAUGAACUUACGCAGGGUUACAUAUAUUUUCACAAGGCUCCUUCUCCGGAACAGGCCCAGGAGGAGAGCGAGAGGCUGCUGAAGGAGCUCUAUCUGUUCGAUGUCCUCCGCGCAGAUCGAACCACUGCUGCCCACGGCCUGGAAUUGAGGGUCCCAUUCCUGGACCAUCGGUUUUGUUCCUAUUACUUGUCUCUGCCGCCUGAUAUGAGAAUCCCCAAGAACGGGAUAGAAAAACAUCUCCUGAGAGAGACAUUUGAGGACUCCAAUCUGCUACCGAAAGAGAUUCUCUGGCGACCGAAAGAAGCCUUCAGUGAUGGCAUAACCUCCAUUAAGAAUUCCUGGUUUAGGAUUUUACAGGAACAUAUUGAGCAUCAGGUUGAUGAUGCAAUGAUGGCAGCGGCAGCCCAGAAGUUUCCCUUCAACACUCCUAAAACGAAAGAAGGCUACUACUACCGUCAAAUCUUUGAACGCCACUACCCAGGCCGGGCUGACUGGCUAACCCACUACUGGAUGCCCAGGUGGAUUAACGCCACCGACCCUUCUGCACGCACUCUGACCCAUUACAAGUCAGACACCAAAGCGUAGGCACUUUCUAAGAACAUUUACAUAGAGUACAUGUUCUUAUUGUGAAGGGUAGAGGACUUGGGGGCUCUAGGGGUUGCACUGAGCUUCAUCUACCCAGGUGGUGAAAAAAAUAAAAGUCUUAAAUCUAAAA